CUUGGGUCUGUGAUUGGGACCAUUGCCCAGUGGAUGGGAGAGGGAGCGAUGUUCUCGCGAGAAGAGAUGAGCAGCCUGUCGCUGUUGGGGAGUAACGGCCAUUGCUGCGAGAGGACCCUCAGGUGAGACGAAGAGGAGAAGGCGGCUGACAGUCGGUCACACGGGAUAUCUCCGCAACAAACUCGCACACUCUCACCAACGCGGACACAAAGCUAAACGCCAAAGUGGCCUCGGCCAUGGCGCUUGAGGCAGCGGAUGUUUCUGGCUGGGCCAACGUUUGUUGCCUAUUCCUAAAUUGCUCUUGAAAAGAUGGUGAUGAGCCAUAUAUAAUCACAGCCAAAUCCUGGGUACUUUUGUGUUUGAAGCAUAUGUGAUCAUUUUCCUGUGGCGAAUCUAGACAUCAGUCGUGUCUUAAAUUCUGAUGCAAAGACAACUGACGUUCUUGGGAGGAAAAUUCAGCAAAUUAAAGUGGAAACAUGUCACUCAGUUUGAAAUACAUUUCACUGGGAGUUCUAGUUUUUCAGACUACCAGCCUUGUGCUGACUAUGCGUUACUCACGUACAUUCAAGGAAGAAGGACCCCGUUACCUAGCAUCAACUGCAGUCGUAAUCGCUGAGAUGAUGAAGAUUGCAGCGUGCCUUUUAUUAGUCUACAAGGAUUCUAAUUACAGUUUUAAAGCACUAAAUAGAAUAUUACAAGAUGAAAUUAUUAACAAACCAAUGGACACACUAAAACUUGCCAUUCCUUCUGGAAUUUAUACACUUCAGAAUAACCUUCUUUAUGUAGCGUUGUCCAAUUUAGAUGCAGCAACAUACCAGGUUACUUACCAGCUGAAGGUUCUUACUACAGCUUUCUUUUCUGUGACGAUGCUUGGUAAAAACCUAGGUGUUUAUCAAUGGCUUUCACUGUUAAUCUUAAUGGCUGGAGUCGCUCUUGUUCAGUGGCCGACGGACACAAUGGAAGAGGUAAAGCAGGAGCUCUCUGCGGGUUCUCAGUUUGUGGGUUUGAUAGCUGUGCUCAGUGCUUGUUUAUCCAGUGGAUUUGCAGGAGUUUAUUUUGAGAAAAUCCUAAAGGGGACAAAACAGUCAGUUUGGAUUAGAAACAUUCAAUUGGGUUUGUUCGGAAGUAUAUUUGGAAUCAUGGGUGUAUACGUAUAUGAUGGGCAACGAGUAAAAGAACAUGGAGUCUUCCAGGGGUACAACAAAUUCACUUGGAUUGUUGUCACUCUACAGGCUCUUGGUGGUCUGGUAAUUGCAGCAGUCAUCAAAUAUGCAGAUAACAUCUUGAAAGGUUUUGCCACAUCAUUAUCUAUUAUCCUUUCAACAUUGAUCUCUUACUUCUGGCUGCAAGAUUUUGUGCCCACUAGUGUCUUUUUCUUUGGAGCCAUCCUGGUGAUAACUGCAACAUUUCUAUAUGGAUAUGAACCCAAGAACCUCUCUGAUCCAAGCAAAGCAUGAUGCAGUGUCAAUCGGUACAGCAUUCCAUUCAUUUGCGGGUCUAAAACUCACCAAGGAGUCUAAAUGUUCACACCUGAAGGCACUUGACUGUCCAAAAUAAUGUUCUUUAACUUACAUAAUUAUUAUGGAACUUGCAUUAUAAAUUUUAUGUGGGUGUAAGUGGGAAGUUUUAUGUAAUUUCAUAGGAUCUUGAUAACUGUAUAGACUGGCACUCCCAACCUUUCAAUAUCAGUGGCCAAAUACAAAGCAGAUGAGUAGUUGAAACAAUCGUGCUUGAGCUCAGUGACAAAAAAAGACUAUGCAAUGUGAGAUCAGGGUUCACAAAUUGAUACAGUUUACAAAUAGAUUUUGGUUUGCUGAAAGCAAAAUGUUUUAAGUCAAAUUGAAAACAAGUUUACAAGUUCAAGCAUGUUCAUUUUCAAGUGUCUGAAUAAAUGAAGGGUGUUCUAUAUCUGUUUCAAUAAAAUCAUGAUAUUUUAGUCCAAAAACUGCAAACCACAGCUUUAAAACAAAAAAAAAUGAAAAUGCCAUGUGUUGCUGAAAGUUGACCUUUCCUUUUGUCUUUUUGAAAGAGCAAAGUGGCCAUUUUAUUUCUGUGCUGCUGCUUCCACUUUACUGCAUUAGACUGGACUAAACCACAGAAUCUGAUUCCCAAAAUGGUUAAAAAAAAUCCAGAACUUUGUGAUUGAAAACUUGAUUUGCUUAUCACAUCAAGUUGGUGAACAUGGAUAUAAAUAUUGCAUCAAACAAUCUGUAACAAUUUCACUGUUUUGGGAAAAAAACUUUUGUCUGCAUUGUUUGUAGUGGAAAAUUCAACAAAGAGUGGUUAGUCUGACUGAAUGUGACUCAAAAGUUGGUAAUCUGUUUCUGGUAAUCAAUACUGUUUCUGAAAAUUUUGAUUUCAAUUUUUCAAAGACAACCUAUCCUAAAUCCAUAGCUUAAAUUUUCUGCUGUGAAAUGACUGGUGCUACCAGAUUAAUAUGUUGACAGAAACCUUGAACAGGCAACAUUGCUGACAUAUUCAGCAACGUGAUCAUAGUUAAUAUUUGAUGUAACAGAAAUAACUGAUCUUUUAAACUGUAUUCUCUACACUGCGUUGUUUUCCUUCAAUUAAUGAUCACUUUGUCUUUGUGUGUAUAAUCUGAACACAGUUUAAAGAUUAUUAUUUGAUUUGUAAAUGUUAUAUUUUAAUAGAGGUCUUACAAGGAUUAUAAAAGGAAACACUGUCAAAUUUCUUGUUUGGUUUAUAGCAUCCUUACAGUAAGUCCUCAUUUAUACUGGUGGUUGUGUUCCUGAAAAUCACGACUUCCAAGUGAAACAUUAAACCAAUCUUAAAAUUGUAGCUAGAUUCAUUAGGACCUUCCUUCUCAGAAAAAUGUUAUUAAAAUAUUAUACCCUUUAAGUUGAAAUAUUUUAUACUGCUAAAUUAAAUAACUUUUUAAAGAAUAAAUUUAACUAGUUACUUACAGUAUCUCCUUUUCGACAAUGAUCCUACUUUAAGAUGCUCCUGCUGUCUGAGUUUCCUUGUCGCUCACCCUCCCACUCCUCACCCCUGCAAUUUGCAGUCUUGCCCCUAUUCCAUGAUCACCAAGUUAUGGCCUCCCAUCCUCUUACCACUCCUUUUCCCAUUGAAGAUCCAGGGCCAUUUGGAGAUCUGAUCUAGUGGAAGUGCAAUUCUUCAUGGUCCUGAAAUUAUAGGGGUUUUGCAAUAAUGUUUUCAUAAGGUUGGUCCAUUUCCAUGUUUAUCUCUCUUGAACCCUCUCUGUGAACAAGGUCUUAGGAGAUGAACAGUGUAGCAGGAGCAGCUUUGUAAGUUAUUUUAAGGAAAUGGACAACAAGCUUGCAUGAAGAUCUGAAGGGAAAAGGGGCCAUGUAAGUUAUUUAUAUGCUGUUUAGGUCUUUCCACAUUAGAUUCCCUUGUUCUCACCAUUACACAAUGCAAUAUUUUCUUUAGAGAUGAUCCUUUAACAAGAAUGUUAUUUUUAGGGUGAAAGAUCAUUUGUAAACAUUCACUAUUCUAGGAACAGAGACAUGUCCAUUUGUUUCAUACAUUAUUGUUAAAAAAAAUUGUUGCUGAAGGGUGUGGUUGAUGAGCUAGAAGGCAUCUUGGGUUUCAUUAUUGCUUCUUGGGUAUAAAGCUUACAGAUUUUAAUAUGUGCUGGUUUUAAUUAAAUUGGUAUUUUUCCAAGAUGUUAGGGAUAAAUAUUUUGUUAGGCCUAAGUUAAAGUCCUGUUCCAGUUAUGUAUUUCAAUUUGCUGAUAAAUUAUAAUUCUGUUAAAAUUUAAAUCUACUAUUUAUGUACAGAAUAGUUUUAUAACUUGGGUUUUGUUCAAGGCAAAGUAAAUGAGAGUUUGAUCUUAAAUUCUUCAGAUUUUCUCCUCUGGAGGCAUUAUUCUUUCCAAUACGGUUACAUGGCUACUGGAUUCUUAAUGGUAUCUUACAAAGUGGCUGUUGUUCAUGUGGUAAUUCAUGUUGACUGACUGGUUACCUGGAAGUUGAUGUUGCAGCAGAACUUCUGUCCUCCUUCUUACUUUUAACUGAUGUCAAAAAACAUGUGCAGUUUAGUAAGGGUUAAGGGAUAGCAGCUUGAAAUGAGAUCUCUUGUAGAUCUUCACUCCUUGAUUCUUGAUACUAUGACCUGUUGCUGUCUGGUAUCCACUAGCCUGCUUUAGAUCUGACUCAGUGCUGUCAUGCAAUUUUCUGCUCACCAAGCCGGCAGGGGUGUUCUGAAUAGAAGAAUUCUUUUUGGAUAGAUGUUACAGCUCGCUUCAAGUUCCCAGUUUGUAGGUGAUAAUGGCAAUUGUAUUGUGUUACAUAAAAACAUCAUCUUUGUUGAAAAAUCCAGGAUACGUAAUCGAUACAAUUAUUAGGGAGCUUUCGAUUUUAAAAUGAGAAAACGUGUUGGGGUUUACAUGAUUUAAACAGUCGGAAAUGUUACAGCUGAUUCCACAAAUUAAAUUUGUAAUUAUAAAAAUAUACUGGCAGGAAAAUACAGUUACAUUUGUAAGCAGGAACUGAACUAAGUCAAUUUCCAGUGAAAUAUUUCAAUAAAGCUUAACUAGAUGUGGUAUUAAAUGAAAUCUACAUUUGCAUUUGGAUCUGAGAAUAUGUUUGAAAAUAAUUUUGAUUUUUACAUCCUUUAAAAUUAUCCUAUACUAAUGAUAGUUCACUUACAUUCUAAGAAGUAUUUGGUUAUGUAAAUUUAAUAGUGAUGUGUAUUUUACCAAUGCAUUAUCCCAACAAAAAUAGGAGUUGCCUGCAGAGGUACCAAAUUACAAUUUUAUGGGGAAUUCUUGCUGGGGGCAUCAAAUUUAAAAAGUUCAAAAUGCUCUUCUUUCUACACAAUAUGAUGAAUGUUGUGUGAAAUGUAUUUAUUCAACAAUGGCAAAGAUUGGGUUUGGCAUUUUUAUUUGCAAUAUUUAAUAACUUUGCUGCAAACAUGCUGGUUUUGAGGUUCAUAUUUUAUAAAUAAAGUUUUUUGAUAUUUUA